GCGCCAUGGAGGUGCAGAAGGAGGCGCAGCGCAUCAUGACCAUGUCGGUGUGGAAGAUGUACCACUCGCGCAUGCAGCGCGGCGGCCUCCGGCUGCACCGCAGCUUGCAGCUCUCGCUCGUCAUGCGCAACGCCCGCGACCUCUACCUGGCCGCCAAGCUGGAGGGGGAGGAGGGAGACGCCGGAGAAGGAGCCCCCGCCAGCCCGGAGCCCAUGGACGCGCAGCCUAGCUGGAGCCCGGCCGCCAAGCCGAGCCGCAAGCGCCGCAGCAGCAGCCUGGGCGCCGCCGAAGCCGGCGCGGCGCCCAGCAAGAGAGCCAAGCUGGAGGAGGAGGAGGAGCGGCAGCCGCAGCGCCAGGAGGGGCCUUUCCCGGGCUUGGCGCGGGUCUUGCAGCGCCGCUUCUCGGGCGAGGAGGCGGCGCGGGCGAGCUGCAGGCGGGGCGACGGGGUGCUGAGCAUCGUGGUGCGCGCCGUCGUGGCCUUCUGA